GCGAGAUAGCGAAUGUAACGUCGGUUCCCUUCUGCUCUGUUUUCUCAUCCACAGUUCUGGGAAGGUUUAUUCCAAACGCAUAGGAGAAUGGUUUUCGGAAAGAAAAGACGUGAAAAGAUGGUCUGGAACAGUAAAUAACAAAAUUUAGGCUUGAAUGUUAUUAUUUUUGCAGUUGUUCCUUGCUCGGAAAAAUCAACCAGCAAGCGUUUAAAACAGGAAGUGUGUGUGUGUGUGUAAAAGGUUCAAUGCUCAAUAACUCCGCCAGCUUUAUCGUGUAUCCUGGUUCUGGGUGGAUGGGAACAGUGCAUAAAAGGGAAAUCCCCGUGAAAACCCCUUCUCGUUACGUGAAAAAUUAGCUAACAAGCUUCGUAUCAAUCUGUUUUGAAUGUGUUCCUGUGCGUGUGAGUGCGUGUUUUAAAAAGUUGGGUGUUAAAAUUCUACAAAACGCGAAAAAAAAACAAUAGAGAACGGCUUACCAAAUGUCCUCCGGUGUGGUGGUGAAGCGAUGGCGGUCGAGAUGUUCCUCGGAAGGUGUGAUUAUGUUUACCGAAAGGAGCAACCAAUGUUAACCAUGGCCAGCGGAAUGUUUUGUGGUUUGCACCAGGCGGACGAAUAUUUGCGAAAUUGUAUACUACCAAGCACGGGCGAAUCAUUUUUUCUAGUCACGGACAGUUAAAACCAGUAAGAGCAGGACAGCGGGCAGGAAAAACAGUGGUGCAAACGACACACCUUCUUCCCUGCGCGAGCGUGUAUGUGUGUGUGUAUGUGUGUGCGUGAUGCCAAAACCAUCGGAUGAAAGUUUCGGCAAGCCGGCCGAUUCGUCCCUGGAGGAUGAGUUCGAGCUGGACGAGCUGGCCGUAUCCCGGAAGCCACAUUUUCUCGACUACGACAACAAACCGCCCGCCGAGCUGGUCGACCACUGCUGGAAUGGAGCGGCCAAGGAGGAGCUGGAGGAGGAGGAGGCGGAGGAGGAAAUUUUAUCCAUAGAAGCGAAGGAGGAGAUGGAUGUGACUGGACGGGUGCCGCUCGCUACGGUGAUGUGCGAACAGUCGUUACUUUUUCAGCGUCCACCACCGGUGGCGUCGCUGGACGCAACCAAGGCUCUGCCGAUCAUGAAUGUAUCGUACGACGUAACUACGGCAACGGUCACCACACUGAACAUACUGCCGGCUGCCAAGCAGGGUGGCGGUGGGAUGGUGAACGGAACGCGGGCUGGCAGUACCUGGCCACUGAAGGAUCGGCCCGCAGCAAUGUCACCAAGGCGGCAACCGCUGCAACAGCAGCAACCACAACAGCAGCAACAACCACAACAACAGCAUCAUUCGCUAAAUCGUCGCGAGUUGGGUGAAGUCGGUCCGAAGAUGGAAUGCGUGUACUCGCUGCUUUCGAUGCUCGGUUCCACGAACGUGCUGGAAAUGUCCUGCAAGUUCCUGGAGCUGUCCCGCAACGAGGAAAAGUGUUCCGCAUUGCGCCGAUCGGGCUGCGUACCGCUGCUGGUGCACAUCAUCCACAACGAGCCGAACGAGGUCGCCCGUCGCAAUGCACGGCACGCGCUGGUGAAUGUCGUCCGGUGCAAUGUCGAUGAAGGAUCGGCCCGCCGGGAGCUGAAGGUACUACGGCUGAUCGAUCAGCUCAUCGACUAUACCGACCUGCUGAAGGAGCAAUCGCGUGAAAACGGCCAAAACACGGAAGUGGACGAAACGAUUCAGGUGGAAAAGGAUUCGUCAAACCCGGCACCGGACCCGGAACGUCAUCCGAUACAGGCGAUCGGGACGCUGGCGAAGAUCAGCUACGACGAGGAGCAUCGGCAUGCGAUGUGUCAGUUCGGGGCGCUGCAAACCAUCGCCUCGCUAAUUCAGCUCGAUCAUCACGUGCACGGCAGUGCCACACCGGAUGCACUGAAAUGCAUCGAAAUGCGCCGGUACGCGAGCAUGGUACUGACGAACCUUACGUUCGGCCAGGGCAACAAUAAGGCACUGCUGUGCUCGAACCGUGACUUUAUGCGGGCGCUCGUAUCGCAGCUCGGCUGCACCGAGCUGGUCCAGGUGACCGCAUCCGUUCUGCGCAACCUCUCCUGGCGUGCGGACGCCAUCACGAAGCAAACGCUGGUAGAGAUCGAAACGGUAACGCUGCUAACGGAAGCGGCGAUGCGCUGUGCGGUGGAAAACACGCUGAAAUCGAUCCUGUCCGCGCUGUGGAAUCUUUCGAACCAUUGCGCACAGAAUCGGGCAAAGAUUUGCGAGGUAAGCGGGGCGCUCGAGUUUCUCAUCGAUCUGCUAUCGUACGAAGCACCCAGCAAGACGUGGAGCAUCGUGGAGAAUGCAGGCGGCAUACUGCGCAACGUGUCGAGCCAUAUCGCACAGUGCGAAGCGUAUCGGCGCGUACUGCGCGAGAAGCAGUGUUUGAAGCUGUUGCUCGAUCAGCUUAAAUCGCCCAGCCUGACGGUGGUAAGCAAUGCUUGCGGUACGCUGGGCAAUUUGUCGAGCGAAAACGAGCAGGAUCAGCGAUUUUUGCGUGAGCACGGUGCGAUACCGAUGCUGCGUUCGCUCAUCUACAGCAAGCAUAAUAUCAUCUCGAAUGGGUCGAGGUUGGCGUUGAAGAAUCUUCAGCAGCAGCAGCAGCAGCCGGUGCAGCGUGCGGCACAGGUGGCGGUACCCGUUAGCAAUCUGCACGAGACGGAUGGUGGUGUGGCGUGGAGCGGGAAAGGAGCCGAGUCUGGACUGAUGCAGGCGAAACCUGGACUGAAUGUACGCAAGCAGCGUGCGAUGGAGCAAGAGCUGGGCUGUGCGUUUUAUCGCAAGCAAAGCGAGACGACCGAUGGUGGGGAUGUGGGUGGGAUUGGGCGCGACGUUGGAUCAUCUCCGGACCCGGACCCAGAACCGGAAACGCCAAUCAAUUACGGGUUUACGGAGGAACGGCUUCAUCAGCAUUCGUACGAUUACCAGGAGACGGACAUCGAUCAGCUGACGGAUUACUCGUUGCGUUACGCCGAAAAUCAGUCCGAUUCGGAGGAGGACGAGGAAAAGGAUGAUGAGCGUGAGGCGGUGGAGGGGUACAGGCGACGAGCGAGCGGAGAACGGGACGAUCCAACCGUAAACGUGCUGAUGCCGGAAGAUUCCGUUAAAUGUUACUACACCGAGGGUACACCGCAGAUCAUCUCCAGCGCCACCUCGAUGAGUGAUUUGCGGGCCGUUGCUGGUGCACCGUUGAAACCGGCUGAGGUCGGAACGGUUGCAACGGCUGUGGAGGCGGUGGUCAGAACAGAGCGAGAGGAAAGUAUUGCCGGCGGACCGGUGAUGAAAUCGAACCCGAUCCCAAUCGGCCGUGGACCGGCCAUUCUUGGUGACGGUGAUACGGGUUGCAACACACCGGACAAACCAUUCAAUUACUGUGAGGAGGGAACGCCCGACUUUAGCCGCGAAGCAUCUUUAAGCAUAAUCGAUCUGCAGCACGAAACACAACAGCAGGACAAGCAACAGCAGCAGCAGCAGCAGCAGCAGCAGCAGCAGGACACGCAUGACCAGCAGCAACAGCAGCAGCAUAUUACGAAACAAUCGCUAACGUCGACGGCCGUAGUACUCGGUGAUCCGAACGGCAGCAUUACCGGAGGAUCGGUGGGAAAAUCGGUUUCGUUUCUUAACACCGGUGCGGAUGAAACACCGCUCAUGUUUUCCCGCACCAGCUCGAUGGGUUCGCUGUCGAGUGCGGAACCAGCGUGCACCGAUGACAAGAGCUCGAUUGUGAGCGAGUUUAGCCGGAUGGCGUCGGGCGUUAUGUCACCGUCGGAGUUGCCGGACUCGCCAACACAAACGAUUCCGCACUCACCACACCCGCAAAUGAAGCGUCCGAUGCUGCCGAAAAUCCUACCGCCCGACGGUGAUGAGGGCGGUGGUGGUGAUGGUUGUCGCGUUGGGAAUGAUGAUGGUAUCGGUGCGUUUGCGGACACGGUUAGUAAGUUUAAUGUGGAGCACACGCCGGCUCAGUUUUCGUGUGCCACCAGCCUGAGCAACCUUAGUCUGGAGGAAAAGGAUGAGAUUAAGCAGGGUGAGAUGGAUGGGAAGGAAGGACUGUUGGCAGAGGGACGGUUGGCGAAGGAGUGCAGUUCCCUACCGUCCCUACCACCGGUACUGCCGAAUCCGGCCGAUGUCGUGCUGAUUGGUAUGAUGAGCGGUGGCACGACUAAUGCCACCAUCACCACGGACGAGGGACACGCAUCCGACGUGGAUUCGGAUGCAGGUGGUGGUGAGGAUGAUGAGCUGUUGGCUUCUUGUAUCAGCAUUGGCAUGAACAGUGUCGUUGCGCGCAGUGUGGCUAAGCAGAAGAAAGGCCCACCAUUCCCACCGCUACGGUACGAUAAUGCGGCGGCGACGACGACGAACGAUGAUGGGCACGAUUCGGACGACAGCUCCAACCUGUCGGACAAUAAUGAUCGGCUGCUGGAGGAAUGCAUACUGAGCGGUAUGCCAAAACCGAAACAAUCCCACCCGCUGAUGGGACCGAGAGGUGGUGGCCCGGUGAUCAAGGAGAAUCCGUUCAAGAUGAUGCGGACGAACGAGUCGAUGGCGCCGGCCAUCGAUGAGCUGAACCCGUUCCACAUCGAGGACAGUCCGUGCAAUUUCUCCACAGUGUCGGCCCUGUCGGAGCUGACGAUGGCGUCCGAUACGAUGCGGGAUAAGUCGCUGGAAAGUAUGGACCGAGAGUUGAUUGAUUCGCUGGUUAAGGAUGGCUUUCCGAAGAAGCGGGAGAUGGUGGUGGUCAGCUCGCCGUCGGUCGAAUCCGAAACGGAUGAUCAUCUGCUGGAUGAAGCGAUUGCAGCCGGUAUCACUGGGAAGGUGCAGCAUGGUCGUGGCGAUAUUACGGACGAUGAUACGAAGGAAUUGCUGCAGCAGAAUAUUUCGUUCGGGCACCGUGACGAAGGAGCUACAUCGAACCAUCGUCCGAUGAACCACGGUUGGAUGUCACCGCCCCAUUUGUCACAACCGUUAACCACCACCAACAACGACAGUCUUCCGGAGGAUAACGAUGAUUCGGAACAGGAGGAAGACUAUCAGCUGCUGGUCGAAUGCAUCCAAAAAGGAAUGCGUCCGGUUGGGAUGAGAGGCGAUACCUCUUCCUCACAGCACGACAGCGAAGAACAACUGUUGCCGCUCACGAUCGCUGGAGUGCAGCGCACCUCCAACCCGACCAUCAGCCCGAAGCAAACGUCGUCCCAUUCAAAAAACGUGCAAACUACGCCUGCGAUGUCGAAGGGUGUCGGUGCCUUCGAAGUGUCGCAAGGCGUAGGAAGCAAAACGCAAAACUGUUUACCAUCGGCCCGGUCGGCCAUCGGUGGCCGGCACCGGGCACCGGGAGCGAAUUCGCCCCAACCGACCGAUACACCCGACAGCACCGACAGCACAACAAUGUACUUCAGCCUGCCACCGUCAUCGGUGUCGAGCACGGUCGUCACCAGCAACAGCAGCACCGCCGGACACGCCACACACCGGGCGGUCCACGAGCGAGCAGUGGUGAGAGCGGCGAACAUGUCUUCCGCUCGCACAGCCCAGACUGGGUCUGACGAGCUGAUGAUGGAGCAACCGGCCGUGAGCGAGACUAUCGAUGGGGGUACGUACGCGAAACACAAAAACCCCGAACGAAUGCUUCAGUCGGUCGAACGGCUUACGCAGGAGCUGGUGUCCCAGGCGGAAGAACGGCACGUGCGUACUAACCCGGAGGAAGGCAGUUCGAUCGUGACCGGCGUACAGUUCAAGAUAGGCGAAAAGGUAACAACGGGGCCGGGUGGAACGGUUGCCUUGGCGCUGAACGAUCGUCCGCACGGUGAUCCGCGGGUGGGAUUGAUUGUGGACGACGAAGGCAAUCUGGAGAGCGAAGAACCACCAUCCAUUCUGCACCAAAUGUCGAUGCCGUUUGGCAAUCUGGAGAGCGAAGCACCACCAUCCAUUCUGAACCAAAUGUCGAUACCGUUUGUGCAGCACAUCCCGGUCGUGCUUAAUUCAAUCGAUUGCAUCUCGCUUGCGCCUAUAGAAGAGCAGACGACGCCGGUGGUGACGACCACGACAACCACGACAAUGACCACGGUGGCGACGGCAACGGCGACGGCAACGACAACGACGACGGUGGCAACGAGUCGGGUAAUAAAGCCUGUGCGCGUCGUAUCCAAUCCCGGCUCACCGAGGACGCGCAAGUUACAGCGUGAAUCUUCCAUCAACAAAGAGGCGGAUGAGUCCAAGGUUAAACCCAUAAGCAGCCCAGAUGUGAAAAGUGUGAAGAAAGAGCAACAGACCAAAAUCGCCAAACCGGUAGUGGAACGCGUUACGAAGGUUUCCCGCGUUCGGCAACCGGUAGUGCCAAAGGGUGGCGCCAUUACUACCGGCAGAACACCGGCAAAACCUUCCAUCGGCAGUCCCAUCCAUCGUCCGGUUGCGAAACCACACGCCACAAUACCGUACGCUCAACGUUCGGCGACGAAAAAGCUUCAACCGGACGUGACGCCACCCGGCAGCAAGCAGAAGCUCAAACCACCAGCGGUGCCAGUGGCAGCCGCCGGGAUCGGUAUAGCACGCCAGGAUACGUUCGUGCUGGACAAACCGACACUGUCGGUGCACGUGCCGAAGGUUAUACCGGCUGGCGGGACUGCCGAUCCGCAGCCGGAUGGUAAACCGGUGUCGAAAAUCCCACUACCGAAGGGUGAGAAAACUAACACACCACCGAGUCGUAUUCCACCGCCGAAGCGGACCACACUCCAGGCGGGAAAGCAGUCAUCCAAGCUCGGUGCAUUGAAAACGUCUCCCGGUGGUGCGCUUAAGAAGUAAUGGCGCACAGCUAGCUUCCUUUUCUCUGUCGCUCUCUUUCGCGUAAUCUUAGCUAGCUUAUCUCAUGGAUGGUAGCAAUUGAAACAAAUACUUUACUAUCCUACACACGUGCGCGGCUUGCUUAAUAGAAUAGGCGAUACCGUUUGCUGCUGGUCGGGAUCGGUCAGAUGAUUUAUCCAUUGGCCGGUUAGUCGGGGCUCCGGAGGGUGUUCGAUUCCUUUCUUUUCGUCUCUGUUACGUCGCAUGUUACCUAUUACCAACUAGCCCGAAACAAGCAAACACACACAAACCUGCAAAACCUUGAUAGAGUUAGGGAUAGGAAUGAAUUAUAAAAUAAUCAUACUUAUAGCGAUAUAUUCUAGUCCGCCCCCACCCCCUCCACUCCAUCCCCUUUUUCGAUCGCAUAGUACGAAUUUACGAACGAAUGUGCAUUUUUUAAAUCUUUUAGUUAAACGCGACCCCAUAGUCUGGUGGAGAGCUUUCGCUUGUACUCGCAACGCAACCAGUAAGAAUUUAUUUACAUAUACCAGAAGAAGGAGCAAACGUAGUCGUACAAUACAAAGAAAACCGAUAUUAUGAACAUCAGUAUAGAUAUUUAAGUUACCUUACUUCGCUUUACCAGCGCAUAAUACUCUUGUGUAAUUUAAAUUAUAUACGUGCAAAAUGGUCUGGCCCUGUAGACGAAGAAUUCAAAAAAUAUAUAAAUAUACAUCUAUUCAUGGACCUUGUCGUACGGUUUAAGAAAAAUAAUACACCCUAUAGCUUCAAAUCUAUGCAACAAAUAUGCUCUAUGCGUGCCCUAUUUCCCCCCAAAACUACGGGUCGAUAUAAAUUUAUAACUAUUAAUGGGAAUUGAAGUUGAAUAAAAUUAUGCGAACUAGCUACAGAUUCGAA